AUGGCCAAGGCGAGCGCAGCGUCCGCCUCUGGAUGCUUCGAAAUCCAUGGCAUUAAUUUGAUCGGGGGGGGCAAGGGGGAACGUUGGAAUCACGAUGCCUCGGGAGAUAGUCAGGAACAGGGUGUCCCAGAGGAUAAGGUCCUGGACGACCCCGCCCGCUACAAUUUCGACGACGGCAGCGAGGACUCUCGGCGUCAGUACAGAAGUGGGCAGAACAAUGAGUAUUUGGUGCGCCCGGCCGAGGAGAGCGAGGAAGAUUGGCGAGACGUCAUUCGAGCGUAG